AUGACUCUAGUGAUCCCAGGUUGUGUAGGGGAAAACGGUGUCCGGCUGACUCAGGUCACUGUGCCUGUACUUUUGUUGGAGUCGCGUGCUUGUCCUCCUUUUCUCAGUGACGAAUUGAACAUUCAGCCCAACCGCAUGGGUCUAAGCAGAGUUGACCGACUUGGGGAAGCGGGUCUCGCGAUGGGCAAAUGGGAUCACUCGACUCCUACCUCGACUCAUCGUCACACACCUGACUUGUCGACUUCAGGGAACAACGAAGGAUGGGGCUUUGAGUUUGAUAUGGAGGCCAUGGCGCGCGACGCGGGAACAAGGCAUGAUCGAUACCAGGAUGAAAGGAGCCGCGGUGUUAAUUAUAGCGACAGCUGGUUCUCGCCGCGCGGCAGGAAAGACUCUGACGAAUAUGAUGCACAUGAUGUAUCUCAGGCUGAUGCUGAUCAGGAGGAUUCUGAAUACCAGGAACAUGACUGGAGCACAGCAACGCAAGGCGGAACCGAUAACCGGUAUACUCAUCACCAAUGGUUUACAGGCAAUAACGAUGAAGGAGACUCGUACGAUGAGAAGCAGAAAGAGGAGGAAGAUCAACGGCCGCAUGCGAAUGAUGUCGAGGAGCUCGAGGACGUGUGGGAUGUGCGUGGGACGGUGCAAUGGGAGGUGGAUCCGGCUCAGGAUGAUGACGAGGAAGAAGAGGUGGUCUUGGACGAAUUGACGAGGUAUUGGGCAACACCUAACGUGUACGACGUUUUUCGACCGAAACCGAAACGCACCCAAUUGACGUUUUCAGAGCGGAUGCAGACAUACGACGGCGAUAACUGGGGAAGAGCGCCAGACCCUGUUAUGACUUAUGACGGCGGAUACACGAGCGACGUUCUGAUCGAGCAGAGCAAAAGAGAGUUCUGGGUCAAGCGUAAUGGCGAGUGGUUUCUUUUGAACAAAUCAACAGACACCAGGAUUAGCCAUCAAGGUCAACAAAGCCCACAAACCCAACAAAUUCAUCAGAGCCAUCAAAGUCAUCAAGGUAACCAAGGUCACCAAAAUCAUCAGGGUCAUCAAAGCUCUCUCGGUCAUCAAAGACAUCAACAGCGAAACUUGAACCAAAGGGACGAGGGCUCGCCUAUCGAGGAUGACAGCUCACGCAGCGAUGGCGAGAAUAGUGGGUCACACAGCGAUGGCGGGGUCGACGAAGAGUUUUCGCUGCAGCCUUACGACUUCGAGAAGGAGGGAUUCGUCGGUGAGGAGGAUUGGAAAAGGCCCAGGAGAGAUCCAGUUAAUGGGAACAAAGUGAAAGCCUCUAUGCCAGCAAACAUCAGAUGUGUUGAUGAUGAAAAGACAAUUCUUCCGACGAAUACCGAGUUAAUCGAUCUUGAGGAGACAUCCACACCAACAAACACCAUACCAGGGAGCGAGCCGGAGAUGUCGACCUUAACCUAUAAUAAGGGAGCAAUUGGGUUACUGCUGGACUUGGACUUCGACGACACAAUGACUGGCACCAUGGCCUUACCUGAUAGUGUCAUGAAUGCUGCAGCUGAGAAUCUCUCGACAGCACCGCCGGCUCACAUUGACAGCACUAUCGAGGCGCUUGGCGGGCUAUCGCUGCAUCAGAAAGUACCUAAUGCCUCCCAGCCCAAAGUGUUACCUUCUCAGGAUCUUCUCAUCGAUCUGGAUACCAAGGAGUUGUCUAGUCCCGUACAACCUUUAAUCGAUUUGGAUUCAAUGCCUUCUCAGCCAGCUGUUAGUCUCACUUCUCCCAUGAAGUUGGAUUCUCUGGCCUUGCCCGCCGCCCAGGAACCUCGAGCCAUCUCUAGUGACUCUCUAAUUGAAUUUGCAAGCCCUCAUGAAUGGCUGAAUCAAAUAGCAAAGAAGAACAUGGAGCAGUUCCAAGAGAGUAUGGUCGCGCACAAGAAGGAGUGGGUAGCCUUGAUGGAGAAACAGGAGCAGGACUCCAGGAAACUGGACGAAUUCAUUCGGCACCACAGUGAUGCAAAAAAAGCACGAAAGCCUAGGGGCCGCAUACCAGUUUCGCUCAGUAUGCUCAUAGAGACCAGGGAUUUCGGACAGCAGGAAAUCCGGGUCACCGAGAAUGACGAUCUCAAGGUCUUGGUCGAGGACUUUUGCGCAAAGUACCAAAUGCAGUCGUUCGAGAUGGCUAUCUGGGUUACUGUAGCUGACGCCCUCAAAAAACAGAAAAAGAUGUUGCGGAAACAAAGCAACCAGCAGACCGGAGCAUUGAUCUGA